UUGUAUAGAAACAUGUCGGUUCGAGGGAAGGCGAAGACCAAGAAACUUGAAAUUUCUGCGCCAAUUGAUUUUGAGCAUAGGAUUCAUGCUGGAAUCGAUCCUGUUACUGGACAGUUUCACGGUCUUCCAAAACAGUGGCAGGCAAUUAUUGGUUUAUCGCAAAAUCGGCGUGGAAGACCGAGACCAUUGGUUGAUCCAUCGUGUAUAACUCCUAUGGAAAUAGCAGAAAUAAAAACGAUUGUUCGAGGGUCCCUGUCUCCGUCGCCUGAAAAUUCUUUAAAAAUUCUUUUUGGUUUCUGUGCUGCUCUAAAAAUGGUUGUUACACCUGGCGAUCCUCGGAGUAGUUUAACAGGUAUUGUCCAAAUUGGUGAAGGAUCAACAGGUAUUGUUGUGACAGCUUAUCAUAUUGCAGAAAACCGUCGAGUUGCUGUUAAAAAAAUGAACAUUCUCAAGCAACAGAGACGUGAGCUGCUUUUCAAUGAGAUAAUCAUUAUGCGCGAUUAUCAACAUCCUAAUAUUGUAGCGAUGUAUGGCUCUUAUUUAGUAGGUAAUGAAUUAUGGGUUGUUAUGGAGUACAUGGAAGGUGGGCCUCUAACCGACAUAAUUACGCAAUUCAGAAUUGAUGAAGUUGCAACUGCCACAAUAACUGUGCAGUGUUUAAGUGCUCUUGAAUAUUUGCAUUCAAACAAAGUGAUUCAUCGUGAUAUUAAGAGCGAUUCCAUUUUGUUAGCUAGAAAUGGAGUAGCGAAAAUUUCUGAUUUCGGAUUUUGUGGUCAACUUUCUGAUGAAGUUCCUCGUAGACGAAGUUUAGUUGGAACGCCGUAUUGGAUGUCUCCCGAGGUGAUUAGCCGAUUGCCUUACGGAACGGAAACAGAUAUAUGGUCACUUGGUAUAAUGGUCAUUGAAAUGGUUCAAGGUGAACCCCCGCUCUUUGAUGUUCAGCCUCUUCAAGCCAUGCGAUCGAUUCGUGAUUCUCCUCCACCGAAGUUCAGUGAAACGGCUAGGGUUUCGGUAGAGCUGGAGCGCUUUUUGUCCUGCAUGCUUGUAAGAGAUCCUGCUAAACGAGCUACUGCGACUGAAUUACUUCAGCAUGAAUUUAUCAGGAAGGCUUCUCAUUCAUCAGUUAUUUGCCGAUUCUUGAAUCUUGCUUCGAAUCUGAUUUACGGAAACAAUGCCUUAUAA